CAAAACCCAGACCCCCAGGUCUGGGCCAAUGGAGGCGAUUUAGACUGGAGCGCAACCGCGUCUGUCAAAAGCCCUACUCGGCAGCAGCGGCGAAGUCCAGGAGGAGAGCUGGAGCUGCCGCGCUGCCUCCCCGCCCCCGCCGGGAUUUAUUGAGUAUUUGGGCUGGACAAUUAAGUGGCCCUGAUGAUGUUACCAAGCCCGGUCACCUCCACCCCUUUCUCAGUCAAAGACAUUUUGAAUCUGGAGCAGCAGCAGCAGCACUUCCACGGCGCGCACUUGCAGGCAGACUUGGAGCACCACUUCCACUCGGCGCCUUGCAUGCUGGCCGCCGCCCAGGCGGCACAAUUUUCUGAAGGAGGGGAGGACGACGAGGAAGAAGUGGGCGAGAAACUGUCUUAUUUGAACUCACUAGCCUCAGCCGACGUCCAGGAAGAUUCGGAGCUAUGUCCCCAGAGCUAUGUCCACACGGUCCUGCGAGACUCGUGCAGCGGGCCUAAGGAACAUGAAGAGGAACCCGAGGUCGUGAGGGACCGGAGCCAAAAAAGCUGCCUGCUGAAGAAGCCCCUGGAGGCGGCGGGAGACUGCAAAUUGGCGGAAGAGAGCGAGAGGCCGAAGCCGCGCAGCCGCCGGAAGCCCCGAGUCCUCUUCUCGCAAGCUCAGGUCUUCGAGCUGGAGCGCAGGUUCAAGCAGCAGCGGUACCUGUCGGCGCCUGAGCGCGAGCACCUCGCCAGCAGCCUGAAGCUCACGUCCACGCAAGUGAAGAUCUGGUUCCAGAAUCGCAGGUACAAGUGCAAGAGACAGCGGCAGGACAAGUCUCUGGAGCUGAGCGCGCACGCGCCCCCGCCGCCCCCGCCGCGCCGCGUGGCCGUACCCGUGCUGGUGCGGGACGGCAAACCGUGCGUCACGCCAAGCGCGCAGGCCUAUGGCACGCCCUAUAGCGUGGGUGCCGGCACUUACUCCUACAACAGCUUCCCGGCCUAUGGCUACGGGAACUCAGCUGCUGCCGCCGCCGCCGCCGCUGCCGCCGCGGCCGCUGCUGCAGCAGCCUACAGCGGCAGCUACGGCUGUACAUACCCGGCAGGCAGCGGCGGCGGGGGCGGCGGGGCGUCUGCAGCGGCCGCGGCCAUGCAGCCGGCCUGCAAUGCGGCCGGAGGCGGCCCUUUUGUGAACGUGAGCAACCUGGGCGGCUUCGGCGGCGGCGGCGCGCAGUCGCUGCACCAGGGCGCUGUGACCGGGGCCGCGUGCGCGCAGGGCACCUUGCAGGGCAUCCGGGCCUGGUAGGGAAGCGGCGGGUCACGCCCCGGGCGCCCCCGACAGCAGCCUGGCGCCGCGGGACUGAAGCGCUAUAAAGGCCAGACCCGAGGGCCAGAUUCCCUCGUUAAAAAAUUGUCUCGCUCCCCGAGGAUCCGGAGCGCAGCACACCCCAGGCCUAGGCAAGAGGCCUCGUGGGCUGGAAGGAUGCCUCGGUCCGGCCGCUGGAACUGUCUCUAAGGCAGAAACGCCGACUGGGUGCGAGAGAGGACGGUGGCCUCGACUCUGACCCCGUGGGGAGUGCGGAGGCUGGCUGCCUUUGGUUGUCCCAGAGCGAGAAGGGCUUCUCUCCCUCCGCUUUCCCGUGGCUUCCGCGAAGCGUUGGCGGGGAAACCAUGGACAAAAAAGCAUUAAGGAGAGAAAAAUGAGGGUCGUAGUCCCAGGCCCCGACGACCCUCUGCCCCCUUUGCGGGUCCGGAACGCCACACCACAGUCGAUUUUUGGUUUCCAAACGCUUCCCUCCGCAACAGACACCUCGGCCGGAAUCCCUGGACUGUCGCGGGGCGCAGAACUUAGGGGCCGCGUCUCGCAGAGUUCCCAGUCCUCUACAAGGAAGAUCAGCGGAGCGAGGUGAAAAGUUGGGAGAGCUGAACAAAUCCCGGACCUGGUGGCCCGCCGGAGGCGUUACCGGGUUUCCUUUAUGUUUCAUAUUCUGUAUUCAGCACAUUAUAUAUAUAUAUAAAACUAUAUUCACACGCCGUGUACACACCCGCUGCCAUACACUACAGGAGUCAAUAAACAA